AUGGGUAACACAAACAAUAAAGUAAAAGGAAAGAAUAAAAAGACUCCCGUUCAACAAUACGGUAAAAACCAACCUGUACUCGGUUCAGUCAAUGGAUACAAUUAUUAUCCAAAUCAAUAUGCACCUGAACAAUAUUUUUAUCCUGCAUAUCCUCCAGAUCGUCCCGUAGUUUCUAGUGAACAAUAUCUGCAAAAUGAAUUUUUUCCGACAAUACCAACAAACAAUGACGUCGUCGAACAAUAUCCUUCGGCUCAUCAUAGUCAUGUUCACCAUUCUCACAGUGCAAAUAAAGAUCCUCAUCCUCAUCAUCAUCAUCGUCAUCAUCAACAUAAUCAUACAUCCGAUGGUCACAAUCAUCAUCGUUCUCAUCAUCAUCAUCACCAUCAUCAUCAUUCAUCUUCAUCAAUUACUGAAAACGAAAUUUCAAAUCCUUCUAUAGUUAAAGCGGAUGUAACUUCUUCUCGCCCACUUGUGGAAGAUCCACCUUCUCUUCAAACAAAAAAUCCUAUCACCCCUGUUACCUAUAGAGAACUAGUAAUUCCUUCACCUGCCGUGGAGUCAACUUCUGUUGUAGCACCAAAAUCUCAAACUCCUGUUAUAAUUAAACAGCAACCACCUCCUCGGCCAUUAACCAUGCCCCUGACUGUAUCUUCGUCUCUUCCAGUAACAGCAGACAAUUUUGAAAACGCUCCAAUAUUAGUAACAAAUCAUGUUCUAAAAUCAUCUGAUAAAAAAUCGAUACAUACCUUUGGAUCAGAUACAGUGUCUAUCGUAAAACGAACUCAAUCACAACCUUCAACACCGGGUGGUAGAUGGUAUGAACAUAAUUAUGAUAAAAGAAUAACACCACUUACUACUAAAUAUGUUUAA